AUGACCCGGCCCCGAAUUGUACGAGCUGACACCCUUGACCUCCAAGACCAAAACGCUCCCUCGGCGAAAGAUCAUUCCAAACACCCUGACACCCAGGCGGGCAUAGCCCCCCAUCAGGAACAAACCAUCCGCCAUGCCGACCAGGAUUCGCAAUCAGAGAUGAAGCACGGUCCUGGCGCCGAUGGACAGCCGCUUGACAACCACCCCGACGGCAUCGACAUAUACGACGAUGACGACGAUGAUGACGCGGACGAUCUGGAUGGACACCAUGGCGAUAUGGAAGAUGAUCUAGCGGAUGGAGAGAGCGAUGAUCUCAUGGAUGAUGAUUUGAUGGACAAGAUCUCAAGUUCUCCGUCGAUCGACGAUGAAGACAUCAAUUUCGAGUUCGUUUAUGCGCUGCAUAAUUUCGUCGCAACGGUAGAUGGUCAAGCCAACGCGGCAAAAGGCGACACAAUGGUUCUACUGGAUGAUAGUAAUAGCUACUGGUGGCUGGUCCGAAUCGUGAAAGAUGGCAGCAUUGGAUAUCUUCCCGCCGAGCAUAUCGAAACCCCAACUGAACGACUUGCGAGGCUCAAUAAGCAUCGAAACGUUGAUCUUUCCGCAACCAUGCUAGGGGAUAACUCGGAGAAAUCGAAGAAUCCGCUCAAGAAAGCCAUGCGCCGGAGAAACGCGAAGACGGUCACCUUCACCAGCCCCACCUAUAUCGAAGCAUCCGAUAUUGAGUUCUCCACCGACGAUGAACUCGACGACGGCGCCUCAUUCAAUGACGAGGAUCUAGCGCGCGAAGACGCGGAAGAUUUGCAAGACGGCCAUACCGAAGAUAUUGUGGUUGAGCCUCUCAGACCGAAGUCGCAACGGGACAAAGAAUCGGACGACGCCGAAGAAGACCAUGAGAUACAAGAUUCCGAACGAGUCAGCCCUGAAAAGCAACGCCCCAGCCAGGAAUUGCUUGAGGUUGAAAACGACAAUGUCAGCCGAUCAAGGAAUGGAACCGUUCGGAAUACCGAUUCAUUCUUUAAGGACGACUCCGUCGAGACCAAGAAGAUCUCUCUUACGCCCAAUCUCCUUCGCGACGAAAUCAAUAACAAUAACGGAUCGCCGACCGAAUCAAAGGAGAGCCGUGGAAGCAUGGAAGCCAUCGAUAAAGCGCUUAGCGCAUACGACAAGGGCAAAGACGAUAAGAAACGCAAAGACAAGAAGCCCGGAAUGCUUAGCGGUCUAUUUAAACGAAAAGACAAGAAGACCCGGACAGCCGAGGAUGACGGCGAUGAGGCCGAAAAGACCUCUAGCGAGCUGUCUCGAACCUCGCCCCAGCCAAAGACAUCUUCGGAGUCUGUGUCGUCGCCAGAGUCCCGGGCUCCCAAACCUUUGGUCGUCCAAAGACAGUCGAGUAAGCUUCAGAAACAACCACCAGCGGUUACCUCGCCCACAAAACAAGAUUCACAACAAGAUUCGGUGGCGCAAGAGCCCGUUGAAAACGUCAAAGGAGCACCGCUCACGGAAAAACCAAAAGCAGAUCAAACGAUUCGACAAGUUGCGCCCGACGAUGACUCCCCCCGAUCCCCCAUCACGAAGCCCUUUCAACCAGACGUUCGAAGUCUCUCUUCUCCUACCGGCUCGUCCAGUCCGAUCAAGAGGCCUAGUCCCACUCAGCUUAGCGCGAACGAUGUUGCGGAGUCGCCAAUCGAACCCUACGGAGCACGACAAGAGAGAACGCCAUCCGUCACCUCUCCGCCGCAGAAAUUCCCACCCACCCAGAGUCUGGCUUACCGAGACCAGCGAGGGGAAUCUCCCGUGGCUGUCUCACCAUUGGACGUUCAAGCUUCGCCCAACACACCCGGGCUUACAACGGAUCUCUCUUCGCCAGGGGGGCAGUCUUUCUCCCCAGUGUCUCCCCCUAUGUCUCCUACUAGCAAUCUCCGCGGUAGCAAAUCGCUCGAUGCACCUUCGUCGCCGCCUUUUGAGACAAUGUCUGUCGGAACCCCAACCUGGAGCGACGCCAGCUUGCGCUCGUAUUUGGAUGACGACAACGAUAUCCGUGAUCUGUUCUACAUUGUCCAUGAUAAUUCGAAUGUUCCCCCUGCCGGCCCCGACCACCCCAUUACCGGUAGUCUGUUCAAAGACGAGAGCAAGCGACUAAAGGAGAUGAGUGCCCAGUUGGAUUCAUUGUUGUCUGAAUGGGUUGGUCGGAGAGGACAAGUCCCGGCCAGCAAGUGA